UCUUUCUUUUCUUUUCCACCUCCUCCUCUUCUUCUUUAGUCUUUUGGUGCUUCCAUUUCCUCUUAUUCCUCUUUCCUCCUCUACUUCUCUUUAAUUCCCUUUCUCAUUUUUUUCUUUCCUCUUAACUUCCUUCUUUGCUUGUCUUAUUUUGCUUUACUUUCCUCUUUCUCCUCGUCCUGUUAACUAUGAAUUUUCCUCUUGAUUUCUCCCUCCUUCCUCCUUUCUCCUCUUUAUUUCUCUUCAUCCACUCUUAACUUCACUCCUGAUUCCCCUCUUAGUACUCUUGGAUAGAUGAUCAUUUCUCUCAAUGCCUCUUAACUUUCUCGAAAUUCCUCUUUAUUUCUCUUAACUACUCGAUUUUUCUAAUAGUUUCCUUUAUGCUCCUCUUGGACCCUCUUUCGUCCUCUUCUUUCUCCUUUACUCACUAAGAAAGGCCUCUUCUAUUCACUUAUUUCCGCUUUAUUAAUUAACUGGCUACUCUUUAUAUCUUGUUCUGUGACUGAUUCUCUUAACUCUCUCUCUGAAUUCCUCUCCAUCCUCUUGAAUUCCUAUACGUCCCUCUUUAAUUCCUCUUGAUUUUAAUUUCUACCCUUAAAACUAUAUCUUUCCUCUUUAGAUCCCCUUAUUCGUAUUAAAUCCUCUUGUAUACUGAUUCAUUGAUAUCUGAUUCGUUUUGGCUCCUCUUGACUUCUGUAAUAUCCUCUUGAUUCCUCUUGGUUCCUCUUGGCUGCCCUCCAACCCUCCCGUCACCAUGUCUCUUCGGUUCCACGUCAAGCACUUCAGCCGCGUCCCGCACAGGGGUGAGAAGGUGGCCAAAGUUACCUUCAGGGGUGCGUCUCAGUUUACGCGCGUAGCCGAAGACACGGGGGACGAUGCCUUCUUUGACGAGGUGUUGGUGUGGCCAGUGGGCAGGUGCGUGGAGCCCGGCGAGGAGGUCCAGGUGCAGCUUCAGGUGGUUAGCCGGUACUUCAGCAACAAGGUGAUCGCCAACUACGCCCUGGUCCUGCAACGGCUGGUGGGGGAAGGCGCGUUGGCUGUCACUGACCACAUGACGGACGCGAAUAACAAGCUUGUGCAGACUCUCAUCUCGUUCGAGGCGCGUUACGUCCCUCCGCCGGGAACUGGAGGAGGAGGAGGGAGGAGGAGGAGCAGAGGGCGUAGUAGCAUCACAGCAGGAGGAGGAGGAGGAGGAGGAGGAGGAGGGAGAGAAGACAUUGAGGAAAUAGGACUCGUGGUAGGAUCAGGAGCCAGAAGGUCCUUGGACGUAGCUGGUGGCGAAGAACGAGGAGGAGGAGGAGGAGGAGGAGGCGAAGUCAGAGGGGAAGGAAGAAGAGGAAGCGAAGGAGGAGGUUACGGAGGAGGAGACUUCUGGGAGACCUACGGAGAAGACUUGGACACGGGCUUAGAGGAUGAUAAACAAAUGCUUCUGAAUGUGGAGCAAAACAUCGCGAAUCUAGAGCGAAAUAUCCUUCAGGAGCAGACGACGUCGACGUUCAAGCACCUCUCCGGCAGCAGGAGGAGCAAGGAAGCUUCACCCGAGACCCCGAAGAAGAGCCGGGUGUUCGUGGGCAUGAAGGCGGUUCGGUCCCUCGUAAGGCUCGGGCGUCAGCGGUCGAGGGGCGGCGGCAGCGGUGACGAGGAGGAGCCGUGUCUGAAGGCGGCCCGCGAUGAGGCACCCCCCAACAGGCCGCCCUCUGCAUGCUCGUCCAACGUGUCUGAUAAUGAAUCCACGUGCUCCACCCCCGUCACCACCAGGGCCAAAAAACACAAGUCGGAGGCCGUCUCUUCCACACCUGCCGAGCUCAAGGCCCAGGAUUUCCAGGUGUGUCUUACUAUCAUCGAGGCGCGGCAGCUGGCGGGGCUCAACAUGGACCCCGUGGUGUGCGUGCAGAUCGGGGACCAGAGGAAGUACACGUCGGUCAAGGAGUCCACCAACUGCCCUUACUACAACGAGUACUUUGUGUUCGACUUCCACAUGGCCCCGGCGAUGCUUUUUGACAAGAUUAUAACACUUACGGUAUUGCAAAGCCGGAAUAUACUGAGGUCAAAUAAGGCCUUGGGGAGCUUCAAGUUGGACGUGGCAACAGUGUGGUCCCAGCCAGAGCACCAGUUUUACCACAAGUGGGCGCUCCUGACCGACCCGGAUGAUGUCACAGGAGGCCCCAAGGGUUAUCUCAAGUGUGACAUCUGCGUGGUUGGCAAGGGUGACGCCAUUAAGCCGCCCUUGAGGAACGAGAGGGAUGAGGACGACAUCGAAGGCGCUGAUCCGGAGGGGAAUCUUCUACUCCCCGACGGCGUCCCUGCGGAGAGGCAAAGAGCGAAGUUCAUCGUCAGGAUCUACAGAGCGGACGGCCUCCCAAAGAUCAACUCCUCCAUCAUGGCCAACGUGAAGAAGGCUUUUACCGGCGACUCCAAGGACCUGGUUGACCCUUACGUCCAGGUGUCCUUCGCGGGGCUGUCGGGCAGGACCAGCGUCAGGAAGAACACCUCCUGCCCUGUGUGGAACGAGCAGGUUGUCUUCACGGAGAUGUUCCCGCCCCUGUGCCAACGCGUCAAGAUCCAGAUUCGGGACAACGACGCGGUGAACGACACGGUGAUCGGGACGCACUUCCUCGAUCUCACCACGAUCUCCAACGACGGCGAGAAAGGUGCGUCUGGCUUCCUCCCCACCUUCGGACCCGCCUUCGUCUACCUCUACGGCUCCACGCGCGGGGGGUCGGUCAUGGACGAACACUCGGCCCUCAACGCUGGCCUGGGGGAAGGUAUCGCCUACCGGGGCCGCCUCUUCAUGGCCCUACGCUGCCAGAUAACGGACCAGCUCGAUGUGGCGCCAUCUGAAGUCGAAGUGGAGAAUACAUUACCGAUUCAAGAGGGUAACUACGGCAAGAGUGAGGACUUCCUGCUCUUCGCGCUGGUACAGGAAGCCACCAUGAUCGAGAAGAGGGUCAGCGACAAGCCCGUGACCUUUGAACUCUCCAUUGGCAACGCUGGCAACUCCCUGGAUGGUUGGUCAAGCGUGAAGCCUUCCAGUGAUGAUGAGGAGAGUGAUGGCGAGUCUGGCCCUGAGUCCAUCACAGCAGACACCACCACCUGGCACUCCAUGACACCUCCCGCCAAGCCCAUGACCAAUGACAAGCUCUACUACUUCCUGCCCUUCUGGGACGACAAGCCGUGCCUCUACGUGCGCACUCCAUUCCAGGACCAUCGCCGGCGCCUGUACAACGCGAACAUCAUAGACGGCAUCGCUGUGAGACUGGAGGAAGGGUUGGCAGAGGUCUCAUCCCUGCUGGAGGAGGAGGACGGGAGUGCUGAGCGGCGGUUGAGGGAGGUGCUAGAGGAGCUGGUGGCCGGCUGCUCCAACUACCUGAGCCUGGCCCGCGCCGCCACCGCCACGCCCGGCAGGACCAAGUUGGACAAGGAGCGUCUCAGGCUGUGUCAGAGGGAGAUUGACCACUUGGGCAGCGCCGCUCGCCACACCAAGGCUCUGGUCACACGCCACAGCCUGAGGGAGCGCUACAAGACCUCGCACUCCUACCUGGCCAAGCUGAAGGGACUGAACGAGGAUCCUCAGCACAGCCUCCCCGAUGUGUUCCUAUGGAUGGUGAGUGGCGGGAAGAGGGUCGCCUACCAGAGAAUCCCCUCCCGACACCUGCUUUUCUCCACCGUGGCAGAGGAGAAAGGGAAGCACUGUGGGGUGUGUCAGACGCUGUUCCUCAAGUUGCCGGGUCGGAAGUCCAGCGGGCCGGGCGGGUGGGCGAUCCAGGCUAAGCUGCAGGUUUACAUGUGGCUCGGGUUGAUGAAGCAGAAGAAGAGUCUAGUCCCGGGCAUCCCCAACGGGUAUGAGAUGUGCUACGAGCUGCGGAACAUUGAGCGAGGCCUGACGCUGCCGCCUGUGUCCCUCCACUACACACAGAAACAGACCUUCCAGCUGCGUGCCCACAUGUACCAAGCGCGCUCCCUCAUUGGUUCGGAUUCCUCGGGGCUCUCUGAUCCCUUCGCCCGGGUCAUCAUGGGGGAGCACAGCAGGCUGACGCAGGUGAUUGACGAGACCCUGAGUCCAACCUGGGAUGAGAUGUUGGUGAUGGACGACAUCCUGGUGUACGGCACGAAGGACGAGAUCAAGGAACAGCCGCCUCUGGUCGUCAUCGAGAUAUUUGACCAGGACAAUGUGGGCAAGUCUGAGUUCAUCGGCCGAGCUCUGGCCCGCCCUCACAUCAAGCUGCGCGAUGACCCUUACCAGCGCCCGCACCUUGAGUGGCAUGACCUCUUCAGGGGUACGGACCAUGCCGGAGAGCUGCUGGCCACCUUUGAGCUCCUGCAGUUCCAGGACUCAGAGGAUUGCGGGGACGUAAUGGCUGUUCCCCAAGCCAAGGAGUACUUCGGAGGGGAUGCCGGGCCUGUCCUACCUGUUCCGAGAGGCAUACGGCCCACCCUGGCUAAGUACAGGCUGGAGGUACUCUUCUGGGGGCUCCGGGACCUCAAGAGAAUCCACCUUCUGACAGUGGAUCGGCCGCGAGUGGAUGUGGAGGUGGCAGGUCAUAUCAUCCAGUCGGCGGUUCUUACAUCCGCGCGGAAGAACCCAAAUUUCACCAACCCUGUGAAGUACAUUGACCUGGAGUUGCCGGAGCAGGAGCUGUAUUGCCCGCCUAUCACCAUCCGCGUAGUGGACUGCCGGAGUUUUGGGCGGUUCACGCUGGUCGGCACGCACAUCAUAUCCAAUCUACACCGCUACAUGUGGACGCCGGUAACCAAGAGGGACAGAGAAGCGGCCCUGCGGAACUCCCUUGCCAACCAGCUGCAGGACGAAGGAGGAGGUGGAGGAGGAGGAGGAGGAGGAGCCCCCACACCUCACCACCAACAAAGCAACAAUCUCAUUCCGAACAAUAUCCACGGGGGACCAGGCAGAGGAGGAGGAGGAGGAGGGGGGGCAGCGUAUAGUCGGAGGGACACGGAAAGUUGUCCUCUUCUGCAAAAGGACACCAUCAUCACCAUCGACUAUGUGGGUGUAGGAGCAGGGCCUCUCAUGGGGUCAGGUGCCGUGUCCAAGCUCGUCCCGAUCACCAAGAAGGAGAAAGCUGAGGCAAACAAGAGGAGGAAACAGAGCAUGGAGAUGGAGGAGGAGGACGAGGAGAACAGGGACUGGUGGACCAAGUACUUCGCCUCCCUGGAAACUGUGUCCCAGCAUCAGCAACAUCAACAUCAGCAGGGCGACAGAGGUGAUGGCGGGGACAGCAGUGAUCAGCAGGGGCAGAAUCAACAAGGGGGGCAGCAGGAUGGGAUGGGGAAUGAUCGUCGGAAACACACAACCUUCCGUCCGAGCUCGACUGCCGCCAAGCUUGCAGCCCGACUCAGCCCCAAAGCCCAGAGGAGGAAACAGAAGCCUAAUAUCGCGACUGUGAAGGUCAUUCCCGGUGAGCUGGAGACGGAUUUUGAGGGCUUCCGGGAGUGGCUGCACACCUUCCACCUGUACCGAGGGAAGAAGACCGGAGACGACUUGGAGGACGAGGGAAGAGUGGUUGGCAAGUUCAAGGGCUCCCUCAAGCUCUACCGCUGGCCUCUACCGAAGGACAUUGACGACACGACCAUCACGGGCGGCGACCCUCAGUACGGCUUCUUCCAGACAAAGGCUUCCAAACUGAUCACGGAGUCACAGGGCCUGCCUUCGAACGACCCCAUACACGUCUUGGUGCGGGUUUAUGUCAUACGAGCCUGCGACCUUCACCCCAUGGACCUCAACGGAAAGGCUGACCCGUACAUCGUGGUCCAGCUCGGAGGGAAGAAGGUGUCGGAUAAGGAGAACUACAUAUCCAAACAAUUGAAUCCUGUCUUUGGGAAGUGUUUUGAGGUGGAGGCAACCUUCCCGCAGGACUCCAUGCUGACGGUGCAGGUGCUUGACUGGGACCUGGUGGGCUCGGACGACAUGAUAGGCGAGACCAAGAUUGACCUCGAGAACCGCUUCUACUCAAGACACCGAGCCACCUGCGGCCUGCCCUCCAGAUAUGAGACGACUGGAUACAACCAAUGGCGUGACCCAAUGAAGCCCACUCAGAUUCUGGCGAGGCUUUGCAAGGAGGGGCGUCUGGAUGGCCCGCACUAUGGUCCCGGAAAGGUCAGGGUCGGCACCAAGACCUUCACCCUCCACCACGAAGAUGAGCAUGACCCUAGCCGCGCAAAGUUCCUGGUGAGCGAGGAGCAGCUGGCACUGGCCGUCCUGCAUCGCUGGGAGGAGGUGCCGAAGGUGGGGUGUCGCCUGGUGCCGGAACAUAUUGAAACAAGGCCACUCUACAACCUGGACAAGCCUGGUAUUGAGCAGGGGAAGCUGGAGAUGUGGGUGGACAUGUUUCCGAUGGACAUGCCCCUGCCCGGACCGCCCAUCGACGUCACUCCGCGCAAACCGAAAAGCUACGAACUUCGGAUCAUCGUCUGGAACACCGAUGACGUGGUUCUCGAGGACGACGCGUUCUUCACUGGGGAGAAGAUGUCGGAUAUUUACGUCAAGGGGUGGCUCAAGGGCCCAGAAGACACUCAAUGCACGGACAUCCACUACCGCUCACUCACGGGGGAGGGGAACUUCAACUGGCGGUUCGUCUUCCCCUUCGAGUACCUGGUGGCCGAGGAGAAGAUUGUCAUUAGCCGCAAGGAGUCGCUCUUCUCCUGGGACGAAACGGAGUGUAAGAUACCUGCGAGACUGGAGCUGCAGGUAUGGGACGCAGACCACUUCUCAGCAGAUGACUUCCUCGGAGCCAUCACGCUCGACUUGAACCGGUUUCCGCGCGGCGCCAAGAGCUCUAAGCUGUGUACCCUCAACAUGCUGAAGACGGACGGCUCGGUGCCCAUGGUCAACAUCUUCAAGCAGCGCCGCGUCAAGGGAUGGUGGCCGUUCUAUAUCAAGAGGGAGAACGAGGAGAUGGAACUGACGGGGAAGGUGGAGGCUGAGAUUCACCUGUUAACGAAGGAGGAGGCAGAGAAGAACCCGGCUGGUCUUGGACGGAACGAACCCGACCCUCUGGAGAAACCCAACCGCCCAGAUGCCUCGUUCAUGUGGUUCCUGAAUCCCCUGAAAAGCAUCCGAUACAUCAUCUGGCACAACUACAAGUGGGCCAUCCUCAAGCUCCUCGCCUUCCUCGCCCUCACCAUCUUCUUCGUUCUCUUCUUCUACUCUGUGCCUGGGUUCACCGUCAAGAAGAUCCUCGGAGCGUAACAUGAGAAGAGGAAGAGGAGGAUGGAAGAGGAGGAGAAGGAGGAGGAGGAGAGGAAGAGACAGGAGGAGAGGAAGAAGUGUAAGAUCGUAAAGGUAUAGAGAAAUGUGAGAAAUGAUAGAAAGAUGAUGAAGAUGAGGAGAAGGAGAAGGAGGAGAUAAAGGAGAGAGAUGAUAAAGAGAACUGAUAAACUGAAUAACUAGAACGAGAGAGAUGAGAAAGAGGAGGAGGAGAGAGAUGAUGAAAGGGAAGAGCUAAAGAAAAACGAAUUAACAGUACAAGAAAGAUGAUUAGAACGUGAAAGCAAGAAAGAUGAAAUUAAGAAUACCUGUUUGGAAAGGAGUGAAAAGUGAUGAAAUUAAACACCCAAAGACGUGAUAGAAGGAAAGGAAAAGAGAAGAGAUAGUGUAGAUAUGAAAGAUAAGAAGAGGUAAAACUGAUAAACAAGAGAAGAGAGAUAGAGGCAUUGAUAAACUAUACGAAAAGGAAGAGGAGAAAGAAAACUGAAAGAUAUAGACAUUGUAGAAAGAGGAGUAGGAAGAAAAGGAAGAAGUAGAUGAAGUGAAUUCUACAUACGAAGGAGAGAAAGAGGUGACUUAGAAGAGAAAAAGAAGUAGAAUUGAAUGAAAUAGACAGUGUAGAAGAAAGAGAAGUAGGAAGAAAAGAAAGAAGUAGAAGUAGACGAAGCGAACUAUACAUACGAAGGAGACGAAGAAGAGGAGAAAGAAUUGAGGCAGAAGAGAAAAAGAAAUAGAAAAAGAAGUAGAAUUGAAAGAAAAAAGCCGUGUAGAAGAAAGAUAAGUAGGAAGAAAAGGAAGAAGAAGAAGUAGACGUAGCGAACUAUACAUACGAAGGAGACGAAGAAGAGGAGAAAGAAGUGACUUAGAGAAGAGGAAAAAUUAAACAAAAGAAAAAUAAGAAACAAAGAAAUUAUAACAAAAGAAGGAGGAAGGAAACAUUGAUAAAGAAAUUAAUUAGAAGUUAGGAAUAAUUAACGAAAGCAGGAAAUAAACGAAAAUGAGAGAGUUAAGUAUUGGUAGUGCUUAGAAGAGUGUUAGUUACCCCCAAGAAGACAUAGAGUGAUUAGAUGAAAACUCUUAAAAAACGAAGUAAAAACAGAAAUUGAGAGAAAAUGGUGAUUGAAAUGGAUGACUUUGAUAAUGAUGUACAAAGGAAGUAGAAUAGAAGAAUGUAUUGAUAAGGAAAUAAGUGAAAUAAAGACGUAUGGAAGAAGUAGAGAAGAUAAAAUUAUGUGUUCAAAGUAGCAAUAAAAACAGUUAUGAAUUAUUGUCUUGAAAAAAAAUGAGUGGAAUAGAAAAAUGUAAAAGAAAAUGGGUAAAAAAAUACUUAGACUGUUAAAGAGAUAUGUGACAGAUAAAGAAGAAAUUGAGUUAGAAAAUUAAUGAAGGAAAAUGAGAAAGUAAUUUGAAUGGAUGACUUAAAAAAAAACAUUGACAAAAAGAAAGAAAGAAAUGCAGGAAGAAACAAAAGACAAUCGAAGAAGAAAUUGACUUAGAAAAAUAAUGAAAGAAUAUGAGAAAACAACUUGAAUGGAUGACUUUGAGAAAUAUAAAGACUAAAAAAAAAGCAAUAUAGGAAAAAGUAAAUUGAAAUAUAGGAAGAAAAAGAAGACAAACGAAGCAAAAAUCGAAUUAGCAAAAUAAUGAGAAAAAAAACGUGAAAUGAAGACAGAGUAAAAAAUGCGUUUGUUAGGUCCAGGGUACAUAUCUUACACUCCUAACAAAAACAUAUUCAACAAAGAUAUCACUCCCAGCUAGUAGGAAGAUGAGAGAGCUAGUAGACCGCUAGUUUGUAUCGGCUAGUAUGAAUGCUAUUACUACGUUUUUCCAUUACGAGUUUUUUACGUGUAUAGGUCGAGACAAAACUAUCAGAUGGGAUCUGUUAGAUGUAGUUAAAAUUAUAAAAAAAAAAAUCUUCACACAAUCUACAUUUUCAUCCCAGGUUUGAUUCACUACUAUGCACGAAUAUGAUGAAGACACACUCGUUAUUUUUAUCAUUAUCAUUAUCAAUACUCUCCUGCAGGUGUUGUGUGAUCCUGUCGAAACUCCGAUGAUAAAGUCGUCUAUGUGAUAAUUCAAAUAGUACCAUAAGACUAUAUCUGUAUUAAGUGUACAGUAUUGCUACUCUAUUCCCCUUCUUUAUAGUAUUAACUCAUAGUCCACAUUACUACUAUCCCUUACUGUAGUCUCAAAGGUAUUUAUAUUAUGCAUAGAUGAUGAUAGAUAGAUAAUGUAAGGCGUUUUCAAGACAUCAUCCUGUGUGUAUAUAUUGCACUACAUAUACAAAUACACACCAUGUUAAUAUUAUAAGUAUAUUUAACUAAUGCUUAAGUGUUGGCUAGGUGAUGAUAGGCCUAGUUUAUUCAUAUCCACCGUCAAUGCGUGUUAAGCAUAGGCCUAUAUCAUGUUUCUUUUUACUUUUCUUUGUUUUUUGUGUAAUUUAGAAACGGAGCGAGGCCUAGUUUAUUCAAAUUUAUCCACCACCGGCAAUGCGUGUUUAUAAGCAUAGGCCUAUAUCACUUUUCUUUAUACCUUUCUUUGUUUUUUGCGUAAUUUAGAAACGU